CUCCCUCGGGUGCAAACUCGAGAGUUGAGCGUGCGCGCCAGAGACGCGCGCGCCGACUCCGAGUGAACGCGGGCGCCGCACGAAGGGGACGGCGGGCCCCCUGCUUGCCCGCUCUCGGACAUCGGCGGUUGCCGGCGCGGCUGAGACUCCGCGCGGGCCGGCUGCGCCUGGGGUCCCUAAAUUUAGGCGUGCCGGGCCAUGCUCUCGGCGCGAGUCGUCGCGUCUGCCUGCUCACCACUUCGGCACAGAGUACAUGCGUCCACGUGAAGUUGCGCCUAGCGACAACGGCGCCUGGCGAGCUCAUCGUGACAUUGUCGCCGUCCAGUCAUCGGGGACUUCCAAUCUCGCCACAGACAGCGUCCAGGACGAGUGACGGAAGCAGUCAAGCAAACGGCGGCAUCUCAGCUAGAGGAACAAGGCGACCUUCAUCUAAUACGUUUGGCAGCAAACAAGGGGCAGCGACGUAGUAACGACUGGACGGAAAAGACGUUUACAACUCCCUUGCGCCUUUUAAAACCUGCAAGUGUUGUGGAAUUUCCUUGCGUUAGUACUCGCCCGCUCCGGCGCAAAAUAUUCCUACACGUUGGUUGUACAGAGUGACAAGAUUGAGUAAGCGGUACAAGACUGCAUGCGCGGAACCUUUUACGAGAACAUCGUCAGCGCACUCGCUACGUGUAACGGAACGAUAUUCGUGUGCCCCAUAUAGCCUGCUUUACAAACAGCGAUAUUGCGCACUGUGCCCGAACUCGGAACGCAAGCGGCAUUACCAUAGAUCGGCGCCAUGCUGGAUAUAAUCCGCAGCCUGAAAUCGCUCCUCAAGACUAGUCGCGUGCACAUCGACAAUGAGGUAUUUCGCCUACAUUACACGGCCACAGUGAUAAUACUACUGGCCUUCUGCAUCGUCGUUACGACUAAACAGUUUGUUGGUGACCCGAUUGACUGCUCCAAGUCUACGGACGUGCCUCAGAGCGUCAUCAAUACCUACUGCUGGAUUCAUGCUACUUACAGCGUUACGAGCCUCAUGCGGAGGGACCUGGACACUAUUGUGUACCCUGGCGUCGGACCAGGCAGCUCUACCAACGUGCUCAGCGGAACCAAAGAUCACAAGUAUCACAGAUACUACCAGUGGGUCUGCUUCAUGCUGUUCUUUCAGGCCACACUGUUCUACCUUCCACGAUGGCUGUGGAAGUUCUGGGAGGGUGGCAAAAUCCAAGCUCUCAUGAUGGACCUGGACGUGGGAAUGUGUGGUGAAGCGGAAAAGAAACAAAAGAAGAAGCUCUUGGUUGACUACCUUGUCUCCAGCCUGAAGCAGCACGACUGGUACGUGGCGCGGUACUUCUUCUGCGAGCUGCUCGCGCUCGUCAACGUGGUGGGCCAGAUGUUCCUCAUGGACCGCUUCUUCGACGGCGAGUUCCUCACCUACGGGCUGGACGUGAUCCGCUUCCUGGACCAGGACGACGAGGAACGCGUAGACCCCAUGGUCCGAGUGUUCCCGAGGGUCACCAAGUGCCAGUUCUUCAAGUUUGGCCAGUCAGGAAACCGGGAGACGCACGACGCGAUUUGCAUUCUACCACUGAACAUAGUCAACGAGAAAAUCUACAUCUUUCUGUGGUUCUGGUUCAUCUUGCUCGCGGCUGUCACUGGCAUGGUGGUGCUAUUUCGCGUUAUCAUCACUGCCUGCCCGCCAGUGCGCGUGUACCUCCUGAACCUGCGUUUUCGCAUCGUGCACCUGGACCACCUGCACACCGUGGUGCGGCGGGGCUCUCUCGGGGACUGGUUCCUAAUCUAUAUGCUUGGUCAGAACGUUGAUUCCAUCAUCUUCAAGGAGGUGAUCGCUGAGAUGGCCAAGCGAAUGACCACCGAGCCCAAGGAGUCGUCCGCAUGACGACGCGAGUCCCGGCCUCUUGGCCGACCCCCCUUCCAUGGAGUGCCUCCGCAUCAAGACGUCUGACGCUGCCACCCGGAUUACCCGCGUUACCUUCAUCGGGAUGGCAGGGGUCCUGUGUUAGCCCAGAAGAGCAGCAUAUGCUGCUUUUGUUCACAACAUGCUCUUCUCUCUUUUAGUCCUCCGCCAGAAAUGGGAGCCUUUUGUGGUGUAGACAUAUCCUGGCCUGUGGCUCGGUGCACCUGCAGUUGUCAAGAGGUGAAGCAGCCAAAGGUAUAGUCUUCGCCCUAACGCUGACAAACAGCUGGUACAACUUGAGGCUCCUUGCCUUAAAUACUGCUAAGUUCUCAUACAGUGUUACUUGUUUGUCAUGAAACAUCAGUCAUAUUCUUCUCAUUCUUACGUAAUGUUGGAUUGUCAUUUAGGGGAAAUGCUUCUUUCAGGACUGGCUGCCCCAACAUUGCUUGUUCUUCCUGCAGCCCUGAGAAUAUGGUAGAAACUUGCAAUAAUGAAAGAACUCUAAAUGAAUGCCUGCAGCAGUUCUUAAGCCUUGCAUUUGAUCUGCCAUUUUGGUAAACGUAUUGAUGCCCGUCAAAUUCAUCAUGCUUGCCGGUUGCGCUGUACAGUUGGUGCAGCUAGUUCUGUUUUAUGUACUUGUGGAUGUUCUCUUGAAACAUAAUCACAGGAGCAGAAACAUGCUACUGUGGUCACGGUUCAAGAGUGAGAGCCUAGAAAUUCAAUUUGUGCCUCCCCUGAUAUCGUUCUCGGUUUGCAGGCAAAACCGAUGGCGAGAAAAUCUGACACAUAUCUUCUUAACAUUGAAUCCUUGAGAGAUCUCGAAGACUGCAAAUAUUCACUCAUAUCGACUUCUCUGAAAGAAGAUUUACAUGUUGGGCGCUCAAUAAUAAAAAAUAGUGCAACGAUCCCGGCACGUAAAUCCAGCAGUAGGUCGAGUCGUAAGCUUUCUUUUCCUAUUUUACGGUGCUGGAGAAGUUGGCUGUUGAAACCCACCUGAUGACGCAAUUUCGGCGCUAUGGAAACCUGUCUUCCUAGGAAUUCACAGUAUGCAAGUGAUAGGCUUUCUUAUAAUCGCAAGAAGUAAGUAGCUUUCUCACUAUUUAGAUUUUUAGAUUGAAAUGCAGCAUCGUGACAUCCUUCUUUUCAAUGUUUUAAAUAUCGAAAUGUGGCACCAGUAUUAUGCUACGUCCACUACCAAGGAAGAGGUGCUAAGAGCAAGACAGUUACAAGCAGGACUCAGAUUCACGAGUUGUGCUUUAAUCUCUCGCUUUCUCGUUAUCGUUUUUUGUUUUGCUUCAUUUUUGCUUUUCCUUAUAUUUGCAGAGUGAAAAAAAUAUCGGCGUUAAGUUUUGCUCACAUUGUCACGCAAUCCUGAAAACUUGGCAAUGGAGAAUUGUAAUGGGCUACAGGAGAACCAUCGAAACCUGCUUCCAAAAGUACUCGCUAACCUGCGGUAUUUCCAAGGUCCUCGCACUUCGCCAAAAUUUUCUCUUUCUGCAGUGCACUUCGCCAUAUAUGUAGCCAGAAGUAGCCCGAAGCAGUCGUUGCCCUAUACAUUCUCGGCACAUUGUACUCCACGUAAUGCGAUAUAUCUUCCUGCACUUGCCUGCAAUUUGGCGAUCUUACAUGAAGAGGAACGCGGGGGGGGGGGGGGAGAAAAGAAAAAUUUAAGCUAUCGUUCGUCUGGAGACAGUCUCGUAAAAACAGGUUUGCUCAAAGAAAGUAAAAGCCGGUCUUAAGUGGUUUCCUGAAAUUUCGUGUGUCCAUGUUGAACGCAACAGAAAAGCAGGAAAACAAGACAACUAAUGCCACCUCCUCAGUUUGUCCUAGCGAUAUCUGACUCCUUCAUGGUAGAUUGUAUUGUUCAUUUCGGCGUCUUCUCGAUAGUAUCCGCACCACAAAAAUACAAAUUCAAAUUGAUAAAAAGCAUGAGAACGUCAACCUAUGAUUCGUCCGUCCCAGCCCGCAUUGUACAGCCAGCUUUUGGAUUACGUCGCGCUGCCUAUAGGAGGUAUCCUCUGCUUUUGUAACAAAGGAAAGGAAAAGGCGUUAUAAGCACAUUAUAAUUUCCAGUAAAAAAUCUAAACACUCGGAAAAGAAGCAAGUGGACGGAAAGACGCUGGUCUGUCAACUGACGGUUUGAAGAAGAGUACGAGGAGCAGAAGGAUUAUAAAAUAUAUUUGAAAAAGCAAGACCAUACUCAUGCGCAUGCGUGUCAUCUGAAAGCCUGACGUACGAAGUCCACCUUCUCUUUCAUGCCGACUGAGGGGACGCUGAUGUGAUUACUUCCAUCGCCCCUUAUGCAGAAUGCUUCAUAUAAUAGCCCACUUCUUUCUUUUUUAAACUGACCGAGAACACGUGUGGCUUCGAAAGUCGCUACAGCAAUAAUCUGCUCAAUGCCCCGGCCCGCAGUAGCUUCUAUAUUGCACCUGAACCUUCUCUGUUGUAGCAAGCGUCCUUGGUUCUAGUCGAGAAGGCUUUCUAGGUUGAUGAUUAUCAUGAAUUCUACGGGGAACUUCAAUGGCUAGCAGGCAGCGGAGAUGGGGAUGUAGAAAUGAUAUUUUGUGAACGCGAGGAGUGUACAUAAUUAAGGCAGCCUCAAAGAUUAUUGUUCGAACUGCAAAAGCUGUAAAAUCGCUAUUUCGUUCACCUAAUAAUGUGGGAAAUUCAGUUGAACGUCCGCACCUUUUGAUGCCCGCCCCUGUUUCAUCGUUGUAUACGUUCGUUCCCCGUCACCAUGCAAACCCAUCGCAACGCGGACGCCCUCCUUGUAGACCACAUUCUUUUGAACUUCCGUGGAUACUGACCGUACAGUAAUUUCUGCUAGCAUGAGAUACACAAUAUCGAUAUGUAUUUUGUAACGAUAGACUUCAUGCUUUGUUACUUGCACGUCUACCGUCGCGUUUUGUGACUGGGAGCGGCGGUGCAUUGGCGUCUGAGCCAGUGACGAAGGGAAAUGAGAAUGGAAAUGUUUAUUUACUAAACAGCGGCCUCGCAGUCGUUAUCUCGUCCCCGAGGGCGCCCGAGCUGGAGUUCUUCUUGAGACCGCUGCUCGAGCGCCUUUUGUUGGAAGCACGCGCCGCGUGGACCCUAUCCUUCGAUACAGUCGUGUAGGUCCUGCGCACUUGCCAAGCAUUAUGAAAAAUUUGUCAGCUGUCAUUUGGAACGAGUGUGCAUGUUCAUGUGCAUCAAAUCUAUGUGAGGUGCCGGAAACUGCCUUUAUCACCUUAAGUAAAACGAAAUUCUAGCUUCGUGCUUGCAUAGUGCCGUGCAAGCUAUUGAACACAAAACAGAAAGGAACUAGUUGGCCAGCAAGCUUCCAAAUGUACAUCGGACUCAUCGGCUUGUCAAGGUUCAAGUUGCGCGCCUUACCGAUGACGUUUUAGGAGCAUAGUCUGAUGUGCUAUCGUCAUAUUCGCAUGCACUUUUAUUAGCUUCAAAAAUUUGUUUUUUUUAUUAUAACACAGUUUGUCAACAUAAUACUUUUUUCGUGGCACCAGUCUAAUGAAUAAAAUAUAAACAAAAUAAUGCAGUGUCAGUACUACUGGUAAAUAUCAUCUUGAUAAAGCAACUGGCAUGCCUAAAACUGCCGGUGCUUUAAGCACUCAGCAGCUACUACGUGACCUGAGUCACAAAGAACAAUAAAAGAACGCGUAGUAUGCUUUCUCAAGAAACCAAUGAUAAAUCUUAAAGAAAUCCAUGCAUUCACUAAUUGAAUGAGUGCGGCGCAAUACGAUCCCUGAAGUUAACAUGUUACGUGCCGAAGCACAACACAAAAGUGCGUUCAUUUAAGCCGGCCUCGCAAAGGCUCGAGCGACGCGCAGCCAGCUUGGCUGCGGAACGACAAUGAAGCCACAUGCUCGGCUACAUCGGCUCUGCGGCAGAGUGAGACAAGCGUUCGAGCUUCUGCAGUCGUCAUGAACGCGGCACGCACACUAGCGUUCCCGCUGAGCGACUUUGGGAAAAUUGUAAGUAUAUACAGGUCUGAGCAUAGCCGACCAUAAACGCUCAGCUAAAUUUCUCUAUCAUGAAAUUGUAGGAUUAAGAGCACUUGGGUUCUCGGCUCCGUCAGGUGAAGCAUCUAACCAACAUUCGUAUAGUGUGAAGCGCAGACAGUUCGUGGGAUAUAACAACAAAAGUUUCGAAGGCAUAAAUGCAGCAGUAAAAGGAGCACGGCGAAUCACGGCAAAACUUGCUACCACUUGCGUUUCUUUUUCUUGUAAUUUUGACGCAGCAACUCAAACAUUUCAAGUUAAAGGUUCAUACUUAGGCAACCACUUCAUACAUCAUCACCUCUCUGAAUUAGACAUAUACUCCAGCCAUGUCAGACAUCCACAUUUUAUUCAAAGAGUCCGUUUGUAAAUUUAUCUAAUUUUGGGGGGCGUGCGAUUUCGAAAAAUAUUCAAGAAGGCACGCAAGCUCUGCAGUACCAUGCAGAAAUGUGAAAAUACCCAGAAUUUUAUUGCAAAUAAUACACAGCACAUGAUACACUCCAAAGUGAAUGAGUCUACAAAGGUUAUAUAAAAACAUGUGUAGUUGCCAGAGCAUUUACAAAGAAAAAGACUUCCAUGACAAAUAGGAAUACGUAUUGAGAUGGAUUUGCGAGACAUUUUUUUUACGGAAAUAAAUUAUGAACGCGUGUAACACAAUGAUGAUUCGUCAAAAUCAGUGUAUAAAUAAAUGAAGAAAGGAAUGUUUAUAAUUUGGCGUCCCCCUUCACUAAUUUGAGUAUGUAACUGCGCAAAUAAACUGCGUACUCAAAUAAUCCUGGACGUUUCCCAUCAGAGUCGCUGUUCGGUAGUAAAACUCCUACAUUGCAACUUGAAUACACGAACGCUGUGUGAGAUGCCGCACCAUCUUUUAAUGGUAUAGCUAUACUGCUUCAUAGGGUGGAGCCUGUUUUCUGUAUUACGUAAAUUUCUUGAAAGCUCUCUUAUGAAUCAGCUUUAGUGAGAGUAACUGGCACAAAUUUUCGAGAUUCAUUGCUAAAAUGUAUCAUGGCACGGGAUUCACGUGGCCGUCAGCAACAAACAAAUGUAAAAGAGAGAAUGCUUAGAUGUUCGUACACUACGUACCACCAAAAAUUAUGACACAUGCGAUGGCUCAUUGAACUUAUACAAUUGGAAUAUAGUUCCAGUCAGCCACGGGCCUGAGUCGCGCUCUUCUAUUUUGUCGUGGCUAUUCAUUGUCAGAAACUGAAGUUAACCAAGUGAUUUACACGUGUCUAUUCUUUGUGUUACGUACACGCCGACCAAUUCUGUCCUUUCUACUUGGUGAAUACGUCAUUAUACGUUUCAUUUUUUACCAUGCUUGUUGAGACCCAUUUGAACGGUAUGGUGUGAACUGUGCUAAAAAUAAAGUGCGAAAGCAUGCUGCUGUUUCUCCGACCUUCGCUUGUCCACCAGUCUUAGGAAUAUCAUGUGCGCCAAAAUACUCCGUGGCGUUUUUGCCUUUGUAACAGUUUCUUUUGAGGGCAUUCAUUGCAAAUUGCCGAUAAAAAGUAUAUUCGAAGAAAACACAAAGACGCUGUGUUUCGAAGUAGGAGCGCAGUGCGCCUCUAUUGUUACGCCUCACCAAUGUUUAUGCUGCAGGUUACAAGCACUGUACCAUGCGUAGCUUAUGACAGACUACAACUGUUUUGUAUUGUUUUACAAACAGCCGCGCACCCUUUACAGUAGCAAAGAACUGCUUUUCUAUUCUAAUAAUAUCACUGCCAUGGUCUCUAUAGAAUGUAAGACCAAGUGAGGUAAUUUGUAUGCUCUGCAAUUGUUCUCUUUUAUAUGCCAAAGUGCAAAUAAAUUAUUCUAUUUCACUACA